AUGAAUCGUAUCCAGGGUACUAUGGUCCGCGCCGUACGACAAAAAAUAACAGAACCGGAUGAAAUUAAGAACAGGAUUCAUGAUAUUGUUCAAAAACAUGUAAAAUUAACUGAUAAAAAUAAAUGGAUGGACGUCAAACUAAGUGAUGCAAAACUCAAAUUCGAGAUUCUACGAGAUUGUAUGUCUUUAACCGAUAGAAAUAUUCCAAAUCUAGAACUUAAUUCUAUUGAAACGGUUGGCGAUGCCGUAAAGUUUUAUUUAGGUGAAGAGAAGAAGGACCCUCGAAUUGGUCACCCAGUGGCUGCUUGGUUCAUGGAGAACGAAGAUAAAUUGCCGCCAAAUAUAACUUUUGUCCCAUAUGUAAAAGAGUUUGGGGAAUACGCUCUUCAACACAGAGGUUAUUUCCCCGAUCCUGGUCCGUGGAAGAUUCCUCAAACUCGAGAGGUUGUCCUCCGGGACACACUUGGGAUUGAGGCUCUUCCUCGACAACGCUUCAACAAAACAAAAAGAACUCCUUAUGUUCUUAAUAUUAUGGUUGUUGGCGAAAGUGGUCUUGGAAAAACUACUUUUAUGAAUACUCUGUUCAACACACCCCUCAAAGAAGAAAUCCAUCCUAAAAAUCCCCAAUCCACACAAACCGUGGAAAUUAGUCCUGUACAUUAUGAAUUAGUUGAAGAUGGUGUUACCCUCAAUCUUACCGUUGUUGAUACACCUGGAUUUGGUGACCAGCUUAAUCGUGAACAUAACCUUGAUCCUAUUGUUGAGUAUAUUGAUAAUCAGUUCGAGGCUUAUCAUGCUGCUGAACGUAGUCCCGAAUUUAGGCGUGCCAUUCCAGAUACUCGUAUACAUGCCCUUUUAUACUUUAUUGCUCCAACCGGUCACGCUCUUAAAGAACUCGAUAUUAAAGCUCUUCAAGUUUUAUCCGCCAAAGUAAAUGUAAUUCCAGUUAUCGCGAAAGCUGAUACUCUUACACAAGAAGAGAAAGCCGCAUUUAAGAAAACUAUAUUAAGAGAUAUUGAAGCUAACGAUAUUAGGAUUUUUCCAACUGCAUAUCCAGAUGAUCGGGAAAGCGUUGAAGACCUUGAGAAAUAUAUCCCGUUCACAGUAAUUGGCAGUGAUCAAUUUGUGGAUGUUGGUGGAAAAAAAGUACGAGGAAGAUCAUAUCGAUGGGGUGUUGUUGAAGUCGAAAAUGAACAACAUUGUGAUUUCAUUCAUCUUCGUGAACUUCUUAUGACACAUGCUCUUCAUGAUCUUCUUGAGACAAGCCAUACAGUGCAUUAUCAUAAUUAUCGUGCUCAAAAACUUCGUUCUAGUGGUCGUCCAGAAUCGAUCCUUGCUUGUGAUGAUUCUUAUGAACACAGAAUUGAAAGAAGCAAGCAAAGUAUGGCGGAAGAAAUGAUUAAGAAAGAAGAGGAAAUGCGGCAAAACUUUGUACUGAAAGUUAGGGAAAAAGAAUCAAACUUAAGAGAAAGGGAAGAACAGCUCAACCAACGUCGACAGCAACUCAUGGCAGAAUUAGAAGAACAACGCUUAGCGCUCGCAGCAGAGGAGCGUGAAUUCCAAGAGUUAUAUAAUGCCAAUCGAAGCGCAAGGUGGUUAUCUGUUUUAUCUAUUUGUAGUUAG